AUGGCCGGAGUUCUGGGCAUCUACGGCCUGAUCACAGCCGCCACGGGCUCGGAAUUCCAGCAGCCGAAACCUGUCCGACAUGCUUCAGUCAAUAUAGAGGUCAUCAUCAAUGGCAAGAUGGAUGCGGCUAACUACUCUGCCUACUCAGGCUACGCACACCUGGGAGCUGGCUUGACUGUCGGCAUGAGCUCUUUGGCUGCUGGAUUGGCCAUUGGCAUUGUUGGAGAUGCGGGCGUCCGUGCAAACGCCCAGCAGCCACGAUUGUUCGUCGGCAUGAUUCUGAUCUUGAUUUUUGCCGAAGCCUUGGGCCUGUACGGCCUCAUUGUGGGCUUGGCCAGUGUUGAGCAGGUCGUUGCAUCCACGGCAGAAGGCAAGGGAAAAGGCACAGUGCGCGUGUUUGGCCAAGCCAGCCUGCCCUUGGUGGGUGUCAGCAGUGCUGUUUUCUUCAACAGGAGGUACUCCCUGCAACAGUGGUGCAGUUUGAUGGCUGUGUCGCUGGGCCUUAUCACCUUCUACUAUGUCAAGGCGAAGGCUUCCACUUGCUUCCGCACUUUCGGCUGUGUCCGCACCACGAUGACGGACACGUCGCAGAGUGACGGGAUCGCUUUGGAAGAGCCAAGCAAUCUGAACAGCACCGACAGCGAGGAUAGCGACUCCGACAUCCAUCAUCCUCGAAAUGCGAGCAACAGUAAGCACAUGAAGCGUUGCGACCUGCCAAUCGGGCAGUUCAUGCCCGCCUUCGUUUCUUUGCAAACCUGGCGUAGAGGAGGCUUCAUCAAAGGUGGCAACCGCCACCGGGAACGAAGUAAGCUGGAAGCGAACAGUCGAAUGGAUGAUGGAUUUCGCGAAGCCGGUCUGAAUGUCGACCCGUUAACACCGGGAGUGGAGUGCUUGCUGGUUGACAGGAGCCAGGACGAGGCUCUAGAACAUUUUGUCGAACGCUGCCGGAAGAAGCUGCGCAAGGCGAAGGACGAGGCCGCACAGGCCAUGGUCCUGGCUUUGCUUGUGUCCGAUGCGUGCGGGCGCUCGGGGGUCCAUGCGGCAGAUCUGGAGGCCAGGCAUGCCGAGCUGGUUGCAAGCCAGCGCCGGACAAACGGAGAGCUGCUGCUCGGGAGCCUCUUGGGGGAGAUCGCAUCGCCAUCUCGGAGCUCUCACAGCCGGACUGGCGCCGCCCUGGGUCCUGAGCGAGCAAUCCUCUUCAAAGCAGUUGCGGAUUGGCUCGGCACUUUUGGCUGUACCUUGCAACGCCAACAGCAUGCACUGCAUAACGUGGUGAACAUCAGUCAGAUGCCUUGUAUUGUCGACCUUCUUUUCGACCCUGGUGCUCUGUAUGAGGACCCAUCUACACGCGCGCAGGUAUCGACACCUUCUGAUGAAGAGCACUUGCAUCCAAGGGAGAGAGUUGAAGGAAGUCUUGCCACCGUCUUCACGGACAGACCUCAGUGGUCACAUGCCGCGGCCUCCGUGGCACGUGGAAUUGGCAGGGGCGGCUUUGGAGAGGUAUUCCAUGGCCGAUGGGCUGGCGUCCGUGUUGCGGUAAAGGAGAUGAAAGACAACUCACGGGCACCGAGUGAUGCCGAUGUCGUGGACUUCUUGCUCGAGAUUGCCAUGCUGUCUCAGUUGAACCAUCCGAACAUUGUCCGUUUCUGGCGUGGCUCGACCGAGAUGCACGGGGGGAGCCGUAGCUUGCUGAUGGUCACUGAGUACAUCAAGCAGGGCGGUUUGUCCAGGCUUCUACAUGGGCAUGGUGGGCCAGCCCUACCAGAUCCAUUGACUCUGGGACAGUCCCUUUCGUUUGCUUUAGAUGUCGCCCGUGGUGUGCAGUACCUCCACAGUCAGCGAAUUCUUCAUUUGGAUCUGAAAAGUCCCAAUGUUUUGUGUGCUCCGAUUUGGACUGCGAAGCUUUGUGACUUUGGCCUUGCGAAGAUGCGAGGCGAAGCAACAUAUGUGCAGUCGACGCUGCAGGGUGUCAGUCCAGUCUGGGCCCCUCCUGAAAUGUUCGAUGCUAGCAGUGGGGGCCUGACCGAAAAAGCAGAUGUCUACAGCUUUGCUGUGAUUUUCUUCGAGCUCUUGACCAAGCAAGUGCCGUUUGCGGAAGUCAGUGCUUCCAAGCUGCCAGCCGCCAAAGCCGCGGGCCAAAUUCCUCGCAUCCCCCAGUCUGUUCCGGCGGACUGUGCCGAUCUGAUUGAGCAAUGCUGUGCUCUGACUCCGAUCGCCAGGCCCUCGAUGAGUGGGGCUGCUGCCAGGGUGCGGGAGAUCGCACAGUCGCACGAAAUACAGCUUUCAGACGUCAAACCACCUGCUGCGUUGCUGCGGUUCGAUGACGACCAAGAACGCAGGGUUCAGGAAGCUGAGGAAGCUGCAGCUAAGAGUUUAAUCGAUGUGGACAAACAGCGGGCGCAUCUUCGAAUGGAUUUGUCAGAGCUCCAUCGGAAGAUUGAAGUCGCUCGAAAGCAGGCUGCAGAGCUGGGUUCUCAAAGCAACGGUGCGUGCGGUGGUCAAGGUACACUUCAAGAUGCGGCAGAUGCAGAUGACUCCUGGUGCGAGCCGUUUAUUCAAGAAGUUGCUGGUGCGAAGUUUCGUUGCGCUUUGUGCUCCAAAUUGUUCCGCGGGCCCGAAUUUGUCAAAAGGCAUCUGGAGGCAAAGCACAGGGAGGAAGCAAAGAGACUCAUCGAAGAUAAAUACUUUGAUUGCGAUGUAUCCCGUGAGGAUGCCAUCCCUCUGCAUCACGCGAUGGGCAAUGCUGGAACUGGUCGCUGGAAGGGCUUGCAAGACGACAUAGGAUGA